GCGGCUGCGUCAGUUCCGGCGCGCCGCGGAGAUGGAGCUGUUGCUGGAGCAGUUGGAGCGCUUCGCCGAGGUGCUGGCCGCGUCCCGCACGCGCCAUGCCGGCAGUUGGGGGCGCGUGGCCGUGCGCCGGUCCCUGCGCUGGGCCCGUUACCUGCGUCACGUGCACGGGCGCUUUCGCCGCCGCGGCCCAGUGCGGGCGGCGCUGGAGGAGGGGUUGCGUGGGCUGCGCCUGCAGGCCGAGGCCCACGCGGGGCCCUGCUCGGCGUCGGGGCCGGGGCAGCUGCGGAGCUUCGAGGGACUGGGGCGCGCGGACCAGCUGCUGGCGCUGGGGCUGCUGGACAACGCGGCUGUGCAGGGCCCCGCGCUGCACGAGCUGCUCCGGCACCUGCGGCCCGAGCGCGAGGAGCCUGAGGGGCCCGAGGACGAGUCCGGGCUGCGGGACCGCCUGGCCGAGCUGGCCCGGCGCAGGGCCGCCUCUCAGCUGCUGCUGCAGCUGCUCGGCCCCGGCCCCAGCCCCGCCCAGGCGGAGCCCGUGCUUCGGAGAACCGAGGCCGAGCUGCUGCUGCUGCGGCUUCACGAAGAGCCCGAGGUCGGGGCCGAGGCCCUGCUCCUGGACCGCCUGUGGGUGCAGCUGCCCCGGCCCCGCUGGCUGGACGUGGUGACCGAGGCGCUGCUGCUGCAGCCCAUGCCGCGGCCCGACCGGGAUGAAGACGAAGAGGAUCCGGGGAGCCAGACGGACCUCGGGCAGAGUGCCGCCGAGCCCCUGCUAGCCUGGCUCCUGGCGCAUCCGGCCGCGCUGGCCACCCUUUGUCGCCUCUUACCCGCCCCAGUCCUCGCCUCCCUGGCCGCCGGCUACUCGGCGCUGGCCAAAGCCUUCCUGGACCUGCUCGCACAGUGGGGCAGCCGUCUACACUUCGACCUAAUUCAGGGCACCUGGGUCGGGACCGGCCCCGAGAGGCUGUCCUGGGAGCGCCUCCGGGACUGCUUUCGAUGCUUCUGCCAGUGCCCCGCCUCCCUAAGAAACGAGGCUCUGAGAGUCCUGAAGGACUACCGGACCCGGGACGGGAGCUUCGGCGCCCCGGGGCUCAGCGUGUGGACUGACCUGCUGCAGGACCUCGGAGAGAAUGAGCCCCCGGGAGAGGCUGAGGCUGCUGAGCCUGGGGCAGAGAUGCCCGGGAUUCUGGACUUGGGGUGCAAGCCUUAGCCUUCGUGCUCCCCCUCAGGAGGGUCGUGUUCUUGCUGUUUUACGGGAACUGAAACUGGACAUUCGUCCUGAAUGGACACAUAGGGAGAGAAGUGCCCCAGAUCUGCCUCAAGAGUGGCCUUUAGCCUUUCAACUCAAGGGGUUCUCACGGUUUACAAGAACUAACGCUGGACAUUCAUCCUGAACAAACACAUGCACCAUGUACACAAAGUGCAAAAGUUAUCCCCAAUACUCCAAAAAAAGCCCAAACCCUAGUUUUUUACUCAUUCUUUACCAGCACUGUUUAAAGACUGAUACUAUAUAAUCUUUGUCAAAAAAUGGUCUGUUUGACUUUAAAUGGACUGUGCCUUCUGCAGUUAUUUAAAUGUUUUCCUUUACGUUGUUGAUACUAUUUGUUGAAAGAAUCGUUCUAAAAAAAGGAUUUAAAUUAAGCCUAUACCUUUUGGGUAAACCCUUGAAGUUUCUCCGAUUCUGAUUUUUCAGAUAGAACACAUUUUCAGUAGUGUUGGUGUGGAGAAUGAGCUCAGUAAAGAAAAGUGUUCACAAAAGGUUUUUUGUUUAAUUUUUCGUUGGUGCCUUCUGUAUUAAUAUCACAGUCAUUUCUGGAAAUGCCUCUUCUCUCUUACCCAGUUGAACACUGCUUUUUAACAAAGGAAAAGUUAAGCCAAUGCUAUCGUGUUAUGGUCUGUUCUGACCUUGUAUGCAGGCCUCUUGUCUUUCAUUAGGGAGGAAUGGUGAUGAGCUUGAUCACUUUUAUCUGUGUCAUACAUUUUAGAGCUGGACUGACCUUACAUACAAUUUGGUACAAGCCCCUCAUUGACUGAAAAGAGAACAGCCACAGAAAGGUCAGAUAUCUUGGCCAGAGUUACUUAGUGAGUAUAGUAGAGUUGAGAUUCAAGCUCAGGUACUGACUGAAGUAUGGUUCCCAGGGAGUUAGAGCUUUGCGGUGGGAUUAGAAAUGGGAAGGAUGAAGUGGAGAAAGAACAGAUUCUCUGGUGGGGGGUCAUUUGGUCAGCAGUGACUGAAUCAGAGGAACGUGGAGGUGGAAGAACCUACAGCAGCUAGUCAUUCUUAGGUAGAACUUCACAUAAAUCAGGAACUAAUUACUGAGUCUAGAUUCACUCAGCAUCGCCCUAAACAAAUCAGACUAACCAGUUAUGUCUCAUAAUUCAGAGGGACAGCCACUUUAUAUGGUGAUGUGCUCGUGUGUCACAUCAUAAGCAAAUGUUUUUGAUGAUAUGUGCGUGGCCAACUUUUCUGAGAACACAAUUUUAAAAGUUGUGAAAGUGUCAUAAUCAGCAUUGUGAUCAAGGGAGUUAUUUUUCCCCUCAUUUGUCAUACAGAUGACCUAAACCCAGAAAGAUAGUGGUGAUGGGCCAGCAAACUAUAACACAGAAUGGAGUAGGGAAAAAGUCCUAGUUUAGUUUGAAAAGCUGAAUCAGACUAAGUGUCUGAUGUAAUACAUUACAUCUUGUUAUAUUUUUAGAUUUUGCUUCAAGAAAUACUAACAAAGUAUAUACAAUUUGGCUCUUAUCCGUGGGCUGCUCAAUAGCUUAACUUUAUUUUGGGCAAAAAUGUGUAUCUGCUAUUCUUCUUUUGGAAUAGUGGCUAACCUUUGUGAUCCUCCGUCAACAUGCCAGCUGAGUCAUGAGAUUCACUACAUAAACUAUGCCAGAUGACUGAGGCUCUGAUUUACAGGUUUUAUAUUUUUGUACUCUACUGACAAAUUUUGUCCUCUUCACUAGCAGGCUUCAGAAUUUAUAAUAUAUGAUCCCUACCUUUUGCUGCAAAAAUUAUAAUAAAGAAUGGCAAAAAC